AUGUCUGAAGUUGUCGGUAUCGGGGAUCGCCUGCCGACGGAUACUCGACCUACGCAGCAAUCACCUUGUACAAAUGAAAAGGCCCCGGAAACGACUGGAUCGAAUGAAACAAGCAGUCAAGACGAAGACCUGCCUCACGUGGCAGAUAGAAUUCCCGUCUCGGUCUGGCUUGUCAUAUUGAUCAGCACGCUCGAGCGCUUCGCUUUCUUUGGAAUUCGCGAGCCAUUCCAUGAGUGCAUGGUGAAUCAGCGAGAUGAUCCUUUACGACCAGGAGCGCUCGGAUUGGGCCAGAGCAAGGCUAGCAACCUAUCGUACAUGUUCUCGUUCUUGCUGUACACCGCUCUCGCAUCCGCUGGCAACGGUGAUAUUCUGGCUACUCUUCAAGUAUAA